AUGCACGCCCAGAACAUCUUCGCCUUCCUCGCCCUCGCCGUCGUGGCCAUGAGCGCCGCUCUCCCUGCAGCAGCCGUGCCUGCACCGGACGCUGAGAUUGUGCGGAAGAGCGAGGCUUCGGCUGACGACGUGGACAUCACGCAGAUUGGAGACGGGUACUAG